GCGGCGGCGGCCGGCCUGACGAACGUCCGCUUCGUGUGCGGCGACCUCGGCGCGUUCGACGAGCCGUUCGACGUUGGCCUCGCCCUCCAUGCCUGCGGCACGUGCGGCGAUUGCGCGGAGGGCGACGGCGUCCGCGGCGGUGACGGCGGUGACGGCGGUGACGGCGGUGACGGCGGUGACGGCGGUGACGGUGGUGACGGCGGUGACGGUGGUGACGGCGGUGACGGCGGUGACGGUGGUGACGGCGGUGACGGUGGUGACGGCAAGGGCCGCGGCGGCGGCGGCGAUGCCGCCGGCGGCGAGGGCAGCGGCGGCGGCGGAGGCAAAGAGGGCGGCGGCGGUCAGCGUGGGCCGGGGGUGGCGAUGGCGGCGAGGCUCGGCGCGAUUUUAGCGGCGUCUGAGUGGGACAAGGACGAGGUGCGCGAGGUGGAGGAGGCCCUGAGGCGAGUCGGGGUUGGCGAGGAGGCGACGCUGCAGGCCAACAGCAGCCGGCGGCGGCGGCUGGUGCACUUCGUGGCCGACGGCCUCGGCUUUCACCACGCGAGUGUGGCCGGCGACCAGAACGGCGGCCGGGCACACUUUGGCGCAGUCCGCGUGCGCAGGCUCUGAUCAUUUGCUCGCAUCUUAUUGUUAGUUAAAAACUCGACCACGCUGGAUGCGCACCUCGUACCACACACAGUUCAACGUGUCCGCUGCCCCGCUCACCAUGUACAACGAGACAAAUUGGCACCGGCCGGAUUGGCAGCGAUGAUUUGAGUGAGAGAUACACGGCGAGUGUAUCUCUCAGGCCUGCCUGUUGUGGGUGCUGCUCCAUGCUCGCACCGAGCCCUGUGAUACGUAUAAUUGCUGCGGUACGUCUAGAGUU